UUCACAAAAAUUUUCUUUCUUACUUCCCAUCACAACUUCUAAGGGAAAAUCAUUAUUACUUAUAGUAAUAGUGAGGUACUAUUAUUGAAGUAUAAAUUUAGUUUUAUGUAUACGAGUACUGUGAGAGGCACUGUGACUGUGAUAAAGUAAAUAAAAUUUCCAUGGCUUUGGAUUCUUUUGGCAAUUCGUGCUGGCCAGCUUUACUUGGCUAUGGGGGGCAGCAUUAGUAUAGACCCAUAAAAUAAUCAGAGAGAAAGAUUAGAACUUGCUGAAAAGGGGUGACUGAAAAACCCUUUCAGCUUUCUGGGUAGGAAGGAUUUUGUGAGAGAUGGUGGAGUUUAGAAGGUUGUUACUGUUGCUGUGUAUCACUUCCUGCAUUCUUUGUUGGAUGCCCAAUGGUGCUACUUCUGCUACAGAUCCAAAUGAUGCUACUGCUGUGAGACUUUUAUUUCAAAAUUUGAACUCACCAUCCCAGCUUGGUUGGCCUGUUAAUGGCGAUGAUCCAUGUGGGCAACCUUGGAAAGGCAUUUCUUGUUCAGGCAACCGUGUUACAGAGAUUAAGUUAUCUAAUCUUGGACUGACUGGGUCGUUGCCAUAUUCAUUGCUAUCAUUGUGUGACCUUGUAAACUUUUGUAGAGACAUGAGUGGCAACAGUCUUGGCGGCAGCAUACCAUACCAGCUCCCUCCAUAUGUGCAGCGAUUAAAUCUUGCUUAUAAUAACAUCACAGGGACUGUUCCUUACUCUAUUUCAAACUUGAACGCUCUUACAGACCUGAAUCUUGGUCACAAUCAGCUCCAGCAAGGACUGGCUGUUAACUUUCUUAAUCUUUCUGCCCUCUCUACAUUGGAUCUCUCGUUCAAUUCUCUAAUUGGUGACCUCCCUCAGACCAUGAGCUCACUUUCACACAUAACAACCUUGAAUCUGCAAAACAAUCAGUUUACGGGCACUAUUGAUGUCCUUGCUAAUCUUCCUCUGGAUAAUCUGAAUGUGGAGAACAAUAAUUUUACUGGAUGGAUACCCGACCAGUUGAAGGAUAUAAACCUACAGAGCGGUGGUAAUGGAUGGAGCUCCGGACCUGCACCCCCACCUCCUCCUGGUACACCUCCCGUACCUAAAAGGAACAAACACCACCAGUCUGGAGGGGGAAGCAACACUACCCCAGAUGUCAGUGACAGCAGCAGCAGUUCAGUUGACACGGGCAAAAAGUCCGGUAUAGGAGGUGGCGCCAUUGCUGGAAUUGUAGUCUCUGUCAUAGUUGUUGGGGCAAUAGUAGCAUUCUUUCUGGUGAAGAGAAAAUCCAAGAAGACAUCUUCAGAUUUAGAAAAGCUGGACAAUCAAUCCUUUGCUCCACUUCCCUCAAAUGGAGUGCAUGAAGAGAAGUCAGAGCAAACAUCCUCUGUUUCAGACAUGAAGACCUUUGAUACUUCUGCCUCCAUAAAUCUUAAACCCCCACCUAUUGAUCGACAUAAAUCAUUUGAUGAUGAAGAGUUCUCCAAGAAGCCCACAAUUAUGAAGAAGACUGUAACAGCUCCUGCAAAUGUGAAAUCAUAUUCUAUUGCUGACCUGCAGAUUGCUACUGGUAGCUUCAGUGUGGAUCAUCUUGUUGGCGAGGGGUCUUUUGGGCGUGUGUACCGUGCUCAAUUUGAUGAUGGAGAGGUUCUUGCAGUGAAGAAGAUAGAUUCAUCUGUCCUUUCCAAUGAUUUGUCAGAUGAUUUUAUAGAAAUAAUUUCAAACAUCUCCAGUUUGCAUCAUCCAAAUGUGACAGAGCUUGUAGGUUAUUGCUCAGAGUAUGGACAACACCUCUUGGUCUAUAAAUUUCAUAAAAAUGGAUCACUACAUGACUUCCUUCAUCUACCAGACGAAUAUAGUAAACCACUGAUAUGGAAUUCCCGUGUCAAGAUUGCUUUGGGUACUGCGCGUGCUUUAGAGUACCUACAUGAAGUUAGUUCGCCAUCAGUUGUUCAUAAGAAUAUUAAAUCAGCCAACAUAUUACUUGAUGCAGAGCUUAAUCCUCAUCUUUCAGAUAGUGGAUUGGCUAGCUAUAUUCCAAACGCAGACCAGAUAUUGAGUCAUAAUGUUGGAUCUGGAUAUGAUGCUCCUGAAGUUGCGUUGUCUGGUCAGUAUACUCUGCAAAGUGAUGUCUACAGCUUUGGGGUUGUCAUGUUGGAACUUCUCAGCGGACGGAUGCCGUUUGAUAGCUCAAGGCCAAGAUCUGAGCAGUCUUUGGUUCGAUGGGCAACACCUCAACUCCAUGAUAUUGAUGCAUUGGGUAAAAUGGUUGAUCCUACAUUGAAGGGGCUAUAUCCUGUUAAGUCUCUUUCUCGAUUUGCUGAUGUUAUUGCCCUUUGCGUGCAGCCGGAGCCUGAAUUCCGACCACCAAUGUCAGAAGUGGUUCAAGCACUGGUGCGAUUAGUGCAGCGAGCUAACAUGAGCAAGCGAACAUUUAGCAGUAGUGAUCAUGGAGGAUCCCAACGAGGAAGUGAUGAGGCAGCUCUACGGGAGAUCUAAAUCCAAGGAAAUGUAGUUAUAUUUUUCUCCCUUUCUUUGAGUUAGACACCGGAUGAUAUAACUUCGAUGGUUACAAAUUUGAGGUGCCUUCCAUAUUCUGUUAAUAACAACUGGUAAUAAUGAAAGGUUUCCUAGUUUAUGCAAUCUAACUUUGUAAGCUUAUGU